AUCCAUGUGAGAAUGAGUGAAUGGAUCAACUUGACCUGGCAGCAAUUUAACUGCGUCACUCUAGAAAGUCUGGAGGUCUGACUGAAAUGCAUGAAGACCAAUUUGGAGGAUUAAAUCACAUUAUGUUUGGGAAACUUAAUAGGAUUGCCAAAAGAAAAAUAUGAUCCAAAAGAUCUACGUAGAAUAUAUGCAAUCAUGUCAUUAGAAGAGGCGGCUAAUGGGAAGAAAUCACAAUGGGCAGAAUUAGAAAUCUCUGGUAACGUGAGGUGUUUGAGUACUUCACUGUGGUCUUUGACGCACUUGACUGUACUUCAUUUGAAUGACAACAACCUGACACGUGUUCCACCUGAUAUUGCCAAACUCUAUAAUCUCGCUUACUUGGAUUUAUCAUCUAAUAAACUGCGCAGUUUACCAGCGGAAAUUGGAAACAUGGUGUCACUCAGAGAUUUGCUUUUAAAUAACAAUCUGUUACGGGUUUUGCCUUACGAACUAGGACGACUGUUCCAGCUACAAACCCUGGGGUUAAAAGGCAAUCCUUUGUCACAGGAUAUAUUGAACCUCUAUCAAGAACCAGAUGGAACAAGGAAGCUACUGAACUACAUGCUUGACAAUUUAGCAGUUCACCCAGAGCAGCUUCCUCAGCGACCAUGGGUCACAUUGAAGGAAAGAGACGAAGUCUUGCCAACAGCAUUGUUCACUGUCAUGUGUUAUAAUGUUCUAUGUGACAAGUAUGCCACAAGACAGCUAUACGGCUACUGCCCAUCCUGGGCUUUGAACUGGGAGUACAGGAAAAAAGGAAUCAUGGAAGAAAUCGUAAACUGUGAUGCAGACAUCCUAAGCCUUCAGGAAGUAGAAACGGAGCAAUACUUUAACCUCUUUUUGCCCGAGUUGAAACAACGAGGCUAUGAUGGGUUCUUCUGUCCCAAAUCUCGUGCCAAACUCGUGUCCGAACAGGAAAGGAAGCAUGUAGAUGGAUGUGCAAUAUUCUUCAAAACAGAGAAAUUUGCAUUGGUGCAGAAGCACACAGUGGAAUUCAACCAAUUGGCAAUGGCUAACUCAGAUGGAUCCGAAGCCAUGCUAAAUCGUGUCAUGACAAAAGAUAAUAUUGGAGUAGCAGUACUUUUGGAAGUCCACAAGGAUCUGUUUGGAGGUGCAAAGGCACUUCAUGGAGCAGACACGCAGCUAAUCCUGGUGGCUAACGCACAUAUGCACUGGGACCCUGAAUACUCUGAUGUGAAGCUCAUCCAAACCAUGAUGAUUAUUUCUGAACUCAAAACUAUCCUUGAGAAGUCGGCCAUAUCUCUUAGGCCAAGUUGUCCUUCUGCAGACCCUAACUGCAUACCAUUGGUGCUGUGUGCAGAUCUCAAUUCACUGCCAGAUUCGGGUGUUGUGGAAUAUUUGAGCACUGGAGGUGUUGCACAGAAUCACAAAGAUUUCAAGGAGUUGAGGUACAAUGAAUGUUUGACCAACUUCAACUGUAAUGGAAAGAACGGAACUUCAGAUGGCAGAAUUACUCAUGAUUUCCAACUCCAGAGCGCCUAUGAAAACAACUUGAUGCCUUACACAAAUUACACUUUUGACUUUAAGGGUGUUAUUGACUACAUUUUCUAUUCCAAGACGCUAAUGAAAGUGCUGGGUGUUCUUGGUCCUUUGGAUCCUCAGUGGCUUGCAGAUAACUCCAUCACUGGAUGUCCGCACCCUCAUAUUCCUUCCGACCACUUCUCACUGUUAAUGCAGCUUGAACUUCAGCUUUCCUUGCCACCUUUGAAUGGUGUGCACUUACCCAGCAGGAGGUAGUGGAGCCCUGACCUGGAGGCACUGCCUGCUUUUAUGGACAUGUACAAUUGUAAAAUCAAAGUAUGACGGAGUGAAGUAUGGCCUGUAAAAAAAACAAAUCUUGUUUUUUUUUUUUUUUAAUGUGUGUUCGAUAGGUUUCUAGUGUUACAGUUUCAUAGUUUAUUUCACUGUAUUGUCAUUAAGUCUGGAGCAAACAAACUUUAAAAGCUGUUUUACCCAGUUCUUUAGGGACACUGGAAUUAACAUUCUUCAUAACUCUGAAAGUGAUCAAUCUCACAACGUUAUGUGUUGUAUUCAUGUUUUCCUGUUGGAUUAUAUAUCCAAACUGGCAUUGAAACAGCAGCAUUACAUGCUUUGCUAAACAGUGCUUUUGAUUCUUCGUCCAAAGACCAACAGGCAAAAUACCUUGACAUUUUUUGUUCUGAGCUUUGUCCCUGCCCUAGUUGCCUUGGAUCUAUUUAUAUAUUUGUUACCAAAAUUGUCUUGACUCAUUUCACAAAUUUGAAUGAAACUUUAAUGCUUUUCCAUUUGUCAUCCUCCAUUUCCUAUCCCAUGUCAAUCACUUGAUCUCAUUUUUUACUUUAAUUCCUUGAUGCGUUUACUUCUUCAAUAUGUUUUUGCUUUUGUUGACCAGUAUUCCCUCUUUAUUCUGGUCUUUUACCUGCUGAGUAGAUUCUCUUUUUAGAUCUUGAAUGAGGAGCUAAUUGAAGCCAUUGUGAAUUCUGUCCAGCUGUGAUUUGAUUUAAUGCUAUUCUAUAUAUGUUUUUCUUUUGCAUGAUAUGUGAUUUAUACUUUUUUUCACUAAAGGUACCAAUUAUUUAUUGCUUUGAGGAAAGAGAAGCAAGGUUCAGAUUUUUCACAAUGAUUACUAAUAAUGUAUUGAAGGAAAUAAGAAGUCUUUUGCGGAAUCAAAAAAGCACCCAAUAUUUUAGAAGAAAAAAAUGCUACAAGUCAUUUUUCAUCCCAUUCAAAUUGUCAAUCGGCUCCUAAGUGGGCAAAUUGGUCAUGGGUGUCACCCAAUGCUAUGCAUUAUAAGCCAGCAUGGGUUACAGUUCAGUUUAUCCUGGCGUAGUGAAAUAAACCAUAGAGCAAGCAGUAAUUGAUGUGCAUCAGAAAUAAUUUGGUCACAACAUCAAGUGAAGCACCUUAAAAUUAUUAUACAACAAAUUUGUACCAUCUAAUGGUCGUUAAUUUUUAAGUUGUUUAUUCCAACAACGUAUUGCACUUUAUAAAUAAAUGGGUUUUGGUUGUGCAAUAAAUAUGACCUGUGUCUCGUGUCCCCCACAGCCAGUUUUAGAAAAGAAACGACUACAUUUCAAGAACCAAUGGGCAGGGUUAUUUGAAUCAACAGAACAACAUAACUUCUGAUGUGAAAAAUCAGUUAUUAGUUUAAUAUAUAAUGCUAGUAUUACAUUGAAUAAAGUUUACAAGUGGUCAAAGCCUAUUUAUAGUAUUACCAAUAACCUCCUCUGAUAUCUUUGACUGGAUCUUUGACUUCAAGAUUAUCUGAAUUCUGAAGUUUUAAGUCAGCACUUUAAUUCUAUGACCUACAUUUUUGAAAUAUGUAAGCUUUUUAGGAUCAAGAUUGUGUAGUAAAAUAAAAUUGAUCAGUGAGAGACCAGGAGGACUAAGUAAGUCCUAAAAUAGUUUUUUUUUGUUGAGAGAAUUUGAACAUUUUAGUCCCUUUUAUAUAUCCCAUGCCUUGUGUAUAAAAUCAAGGUUGUCUUGCUUCUUGAAACAUGAUAACUGUGUUUCAUUCUUGCAUUAUUUUAUUACCUACAAGCAAUAUUAUCGUCCUGUACUUCACUCCCAAUAUUUUGUCAGAUCUAUAUGUAUAAAAUGGAAUUUAAAAUUCAUCUGUAAUGAUUGUAUAUGAACUUCAGAGGAGCCCUUUUACUGAAUAUUUGUUUUCUUUUUUUAUAAUUGAAGAGGAAAACUGUUUUUUGGGAAAGCUUAAAUGUUAAUAGCUUUAAACUUUGCUUUCCAUAUAAAUGAAUUGAGACACUCUGUUGCAAGAGGGUGUUUCUCAGGUUUUCUUUGCUUCUGUCUGUAUUUUUCCAAAAUUCUGAUAACUGUGUACUUUAAAAGAAAAAUAUACAUAUAAAAAAUUGAUGGAAAAAACAUUUAAAGAAAAAACUAAAAUGUAAAUGCGAGCAAAUUUGGCAAAUGUGUUUAUCAAAGUUCAGGCAAAAAAUAUAUAGAAAGCACAGUCAGAUUCAUGUAUGUUUCAGUCCUGUUUAUGUCAAUUGUUUCAUUACAAUGUGCCUCAUUCGAUUUGCUCAAGCAGCAUCACUGCCCAAGCAAGCAGAGAAAACCUGACAGGCCUUCUCCAGGCAACUUUUAAAAUUCUGUACAAUAAAUCUAUUAAGAUUUGUGAGAUUUUAUGUAAAAAAAACAUGGAGAAAAACCAACUUAAAAAAACAAUUUUGUACAAGCUCUGUAAUGUGUUUAUCUUUGGUGUAAAGAAUGUGAGACAUUGGAAACUGUACCAUAAGUCAGGUAUGGCACAAUGAGUUCUGAGACCAGCUGCUUUUUUUCCAUCCCAUUCCUAACAUGGCUUGUAUUUUGUUUUUACCUUCAUGUAAGGUAGGAGACCUAUUCUCAGCGACAAAGCUGCAUACGCAUAGGCUUCAUUACUUUUUGGGUAUUGUGUAUUUUGAUGUGGAAAAGCUUCCCCUUCCUUGCUGAGUAAUAAUUUAUCUUAUCAAAAGUACUUACUAAUUUCAAUGGAUUGAAAAGCUACUGAAUUCCAGUCUUUCAAGGUUUCAUAUCACUCAGCAUUUUUGUUAACGUCAUUUAAAACAAAGUACGGGUUUCAUGACUUAAUUCAGUUCUAAAAGGCAGAUUUUUAUAGAGGUACUUGUAUAUUUCUAGGAAUUGUUCAGAGCCUGAUUGUAUACUGCAGAGAGCCAAAAAUGUGUUCAAUUAAAACUACCAAAAGUCAACCACUUCAUCAGAUUUUAAUUCACUGUGUGAUUUUAAUGGUAAAUUAAAGGACUCCAAUUGAUCAAAUUAAAAUUGUAUUUUCCACAUCAGUUCAUGGGGGCUUUUUCUAAGUACCUCUUUUUAAAUUAGAUCAGACUCCAAGAACUGAAAAAGAUUAUUGCACUUUUGUUAAUUUAAUUGACUUCAAGUUGAUUUAUAUUCACAUACCUUUCUUGAUAAAUUGUAAAUGACUCUUUAAAAACUUGGUGGUUUUGCCAAUCAGUUAGUUCAUAUCUCACCCUACCCACCACUAUGUCAUGUGACGACUGAAAAUGGCUGAAUAAAUGGGUUCCGAUUUUUGCAUGUUGUACAUCAGCUGUUUAGCCGCUACUGCAAGAUUUAUGUUGAAAUACAAGCCUAUCUUCGAAGGCAAAGUGAUUCUUGAAUUGAUGUACUGUGCUGUAAACAACGAAUGGAUGCCCAUGGAGACUCUUUGAAUUUGUUUAAUCAGUUGGACUCUGGAAAGUAUAGGUUCAAGACCUCCGAUACACAAUUUUAGAAGAUUUAACUUGUAAUUGGUAAGUGUAGUUACAAUUUUUAAAAAAGGUCUUGGAAUAUAUUUCACAGAGUGGCCAGUGGGACUUUAGAGUUAAAUUGCUGCAUAAUUUGGAUAUUGUGCAUGCUUUGAAAUGAUCAAUUGUUAAUUGUUAAAAAUGAGUGAUAUGACUCUUUGAGACCCGUGGUGCUUCUGUUUGCAAAACUUGCUUAUAUUGUAUUAAAAGAUUAUAGUUUGUAAAUGUGGUAGCAGUAAUUUAGUUUUUUAAACACUGAUCAAAAAUGUUCAGCAUUUGGCCAUCUUUAUUUUUUUUACAUUUUUUCAAACAAAUAUUAUUGCAAUUAAAGAUUAUCAUGGUGGUUAAUAGGAUACGAAAGUUGUUUGUUCUGCGUCAUCAGAGUCUGCAUUAAAAUGUUGGAUAGUAUUUAUUCUCCAGAACUAUGAGCAGUCAGAUAUUGUUCCCCCCCCCCCAUCCACAAAAAUGUUUGUGUUCCUUUCCAAAGUCAAUGGAUUAAAAUGCAAUAGUUGAGGUUGAGUAAAUUGGCUCUUACUGAUCUAUUGGAUUGCAAUUUACAUGGAUUGUGUAUGUAAUAGGAAGUUCCUGAAUUUUCUCCAGCUGAAUUUCUUUAAACUUUUAAAAAUGUGAUACGUAUGAAAGUGAAAACUUUGAAUUUGCAAAGACUCUUAAAUAUGGUGCAUUAUCUGAUCUGCUCUUGACUGCAGUUCGUUCACUGUAAUUUAGAAUAUACGAACCAAGCCAGUAACUGUUCACACAAUCUGUCUUUAAACUUUUGGCAGCUCAGAUGGUAGUGUUUCACUUGUACUACGAGAAGAAAGUUUUUUGAAAGGUAAUUUUUCCAUAUGGAGGUCAGGUAUUGCUCUCAAUGUAUGGGGCUAAAUUAUGUCUGCUUGUUCCCUUGCACCUGUGUAUUCUUUUCCUUUAACUGUAGGCAAUAAACAACCAUUAAAAAA